AAAAAGAAAAAACAAAAGCAUUUAUCACAACAUUCACUACGUUUCUUGUGGAGAUAUAAAGCGACACCCUUCCUUCUUCUCUUCAACUGGUUGAAGAUAAUCUCAAAUCCUCUUUCUUUCUUCGUCUUCCUCUGCUUUGGGACAACAUACUUCUUGCUAAUUGUUUAUUUCUUUGAAGUCAAUAUCAAAGGGAGAGUUUGUGUUUGAAGAUCACGAGAAGACUUCAGAUUCAAUAAAACCAUGGUUGGUAUUUUUUCAAGAUUUACUGUUGGUAGAAGCAGCCAUCGACGGACUCAAAGUGCAAUCGAUGAUAAGGAAGUAUUAGCUCCAAAUCCUGAUGUUACUACCACAACUGCUACUCAUGGAAUUGAGGUAGCAACAGAGUUUAAACCAGUGGAACAUCCGGUCGAGCCUUUGGACAAUGAUCAACCAAUUCAGUGUCCACUACCUGAACCAUCCAUUCUAAAUGAUGGAAGAAUCUGGAAGGAGAGGGUAUCGGCAUCUAUGAGGAUAAAAGGUGAUUUGCAGAUUGCUGAAUCUGAUGGAUCUGCACCAAAACCGCCUCGCCCUAGCCAGCCAAACCGUUCUAUAUUGCCAUCACUCAGUGCCCCAGAACACAACUUGCUAAAUCUACUUGAAGAAUGUAAUGCUAUGCAGACGGUAGCAUCCAAGAAUGGAUGAAACAAAGUUCAGUAGUUUAUAAGAAUAUCAUCACACGGAUACAACCUUGUUCCUUCAACCCCCUUGUGAAUCUAUGUGUUUUUGUUGUUCUUUACACUUUUACUUCUGUCUAUGCAAGAACAAAUCCAAAUCAUAGUGUAAUGUUAUAUAUAUUAUAUAUACUCAACUAAGGUUCACUGAGA